ACGAUGUGUUAAAUCCCCGCCCGCUUCAUUCCUGCGUUGUUUGGGGACAGUAGGAAGAUGGCGGCGGCCCCGCUGUACUGUGUCUGCCGGCAGCCCUACGAUGUGAGCCGGUUUAUGAUCGAGUGCGACAUUUGUAAAGACUGGUUUCACGGCAGCUGUGUACAGGUAGAAGAGCAUCAUGCUGUGGAUAUCGAUGUUUACCACUGUCCCAACUGUGAUGCCGUACAUGGACCCUCCCUGAUGAAAAAACGCAACAACUGGCACAGGCAUGACUACACAGAACCAGACGAUGGGUCGAAGCCGGUGCAAGCUGGCACCUCAGUGUUUGUCAAGGAGCUCCAGACUAGGACCUUCCCCAGUGGCGAGGAGAUUCUGAUCCGGAUGAAGGGUGAGCAGGUGACAACCAGGUACUUGGAGAGACAUGGCUUCAACUACCCCAUAGUGGUCACUGAGAUGGAGGGCCUGGGCCUGAAACUACCCCCACCUACUUUCUCCGUCAAAGAUGUGGAGCAGUAUGUGGGUGGUGACAAAGUUAUCGAUGUGAUAGACGUGGCGCGACAGGCGGACAGCAAGAUGAAGCUCAGUGAGUUUAUCAAGUAUUUCACAAAGCCCCAUCGACCCAAGGUCCUCAACCUCAUCAGCCUGGAGUUCUCUGACACCAAGAUGUCAGAGUUGGUGGAGGUUCCUGACGUAGCUCAGAAGAUGUCCUGGGUAGAGAACUACUGGCCAGAUGACUCCUUCUUUCCCAAGCCCUUUGUCCAGAAGUACUGCCUUAUGGGGGUCAAGGACAGCUACACAGAUUUCCACAUAGACUUCGGAGGCACCUCUGUCUGGUAUCAUGUUCUCUGGGGUGAGAAGAUCUUCUACUUGAUCAAGCCCACCCCUACCAACCUUGCACUAUACGAGGCAUGGAGCUCCUCGCCCAAUCAGAGUGAAGUGUUCUUUGGGGAGAAAGUGGAAAAGUGCUACAAGUGUGUUGUACCCCAAGGAACCACCCUGCUCAUCCCUACAGGCUGGAUCCAUGCUGUUCUCACCUCUCAGGAUUGCAUGGCUUUUGGAGGGAACUUCCUUCACAACCUCAAUAUUGGCAUGCAGCUCAGGUGUUAUGAAAUGGAGCGCCGUCUGAAAACCCCAGACCUCUUUAAGUUUCCAUACUUUGAGGCCAUCUGUUGGUAUGUGGCCAAAAACCUCCUGGAAAUGCUAAAAGAGCUACGUGAGGAUAACUGUCCAUCACCAACCUACCUAGUGGAGGGAGUAAAGGCUUUAAUCAGUGCACUGAAGACUUGGUUGAAAAGAGAGGUGACUGAGCCCACCAGUGAGGUACCAGACAAUAUCAGGCCGAACCAUCUCAUUAAGGAGCUGACCAAGGAAAUCCGCUACCUGGAGGAGGAACCAGUGAGUGGUAGCAAGCCAGUGAAAUCUCAGGGAUGUGGAAUGCCAUCUGGGACGAAUGGCUGUCCGGCCACUCGCUCCACACUGGAGAGGCUGUGCCAGGCGCGGCGGGCGAGACGGGCCGCCAGGCGGUUAAGGGAGCAGCAGCGGCAGGCUCCGAAGUUGCCCUCCAACCUGGACAUCUUGGAGCAGCACACCAAGGAGGUGCUGAAGAGGCUGGAGGUGGGACCGCUGGAGGAGGAUCCUGCAUUUUGUGCCAAGGUUCAUGGGAAACUCAACAAAGUGUCAACGGCAUCAGCAGCUGCUGCUGCAGAGUCUUUAGAGGACAACCACCUACGGCUAAUGCUGGUCAACGGCAGAAUAAUCAGAGACUUGAGGCGACCAGGCAGCAGUCCGGUAAAGACGGAGGGUGAACGGUCAUCGGUUGGCCACAGCCCACCAAAGAGUUGUGUGGAUGUGAAGUUGGAGAGGACACAGGACAGUCAAGAGCAGCACAGUACGGUUGAGAAACCCACACUCCUCAGGGGUCUGGAGAGGGUGAAGACUGAACUCAGGGAAGAAGUCUCAGGACACUCCAGUGUGUCGGACAUGGAGUCAGACAGCGACUCUCCCACAGAGCAUAAAGCAUCGUCAUCGUCGUCAUCGUGUUCUGACGAGGAUUCAGAGAGUUCCCAAGAGGAGGAGGAGGAUUCAGAGAGGGGCUCAUCUCAGCAGACAGGCUCAGGACACACCAUAGAGCUGGACCAGUCUGGCCAGAAACUCAGGCACAAACACAAACCACUCAAACGAGAACGUCCUACCUCACCCAGCACAGAAGAGGCCAUUCAGGGGAUGCUGUCUAUGGCUGGUCUGCUGUGCACCUCCAAGCCGGAGAAGGUAGCCUCGCCCCAGGAGCCCUGGUGGUCCAGCCCCAGCCAGCGCUCGCCGCAGGAGCUGGCGCAGCACCAGCGUCGACUGCAGGUGGAGAAGAGCCCGAUGGACAGUCAGGGCAACAGCAGCAGCGAGGCCUGGGACAAUCAGGGGCUCCCCAGCCCAGAGACGGACUACCAGUACUGUGACCCCUCGUUGUCUCCGCCGCUACACCCUUCCAAGAGGCACGCCCCGAACCCCCCACCUAUCAGCAAUCAGGCCACAAAAGGCAAAAGGCCCAAAAAAGGAAUGGCCACAGCCAAGCAGAGACUGGGGAAGAUCUUGAAACUCAACAGACACAAUCGCGUCUUUGUGUAACACUCCCAAACUUCCAAGGUAAAAGUGAUGAGCUGGGGUGUAGAGGGAAGAAAAAAAAGAAGAAACAUUUGUGUAUUUGUUACCAGACACUUUCGUGCUGUAAAAAUGGGGGUAAAAGGAAAAAAAACCAACAAAAAAACGAACACACUGCCUGGAGACGACCGUAACCGAACGAAUCUUGACACGUACAACACGCUCACUGUGCAUGCUUAGGAGACAGGGUAUUGGAUUUGAAAUAAGCAAGCGCACGACUUCAUUACAAGCACACUAAGAACAAAACAGGAAAAAAAAGGAGCUACGGGAAGCGGAGAAGACGAGCAUGUCGCUGCAGGGAAAGGUGGACUGAAGCUCCUGCGGGCAUUCGAAUGGACAAAGGAGAUGUAGGAGGUCUACCAAAACACACAACAAAAAAAAUGCUUGCUUUGCCACGGAGAUUGCGAGAUAUCUUCUGCUUCUGAUGCCAAGAUCCAUCCGCAUCACAUUUUGCUACUAUUUCCUCUCUCCGCUGAACGCGACCCCCCACUUUUACUCCCCCACAACCUUCACUUGAUUCACUGCGAACUGCGACAAACUGAAUGGGACGGAGGAGCAGGUGGAACUGAGAUGUAUCUCUAAACAGGGUCCGGUUUUUUUUUGUUCUUCCUGUGGCCCUGAGAGGAAAACGCGGUGCUAAAGAGGAGGCGGUGAACUAAAAUUUCAAAAUGGUGCUUCUUGUUUGUACUUUACUCCACUCAUGCUUGUCCCCUGUCAGCCCUCACCUCCCUCCCUGACUCCCCCCAACCCACCUUUAUCUCAAUUCACACCAGCAAUAAUGACUUUGAGGAGAGAGUGAGAGGCAGCACUUCAGUGCAUUCUUCUGUUUGCAGGAUGAAAUCUCAACAGAUGCAUUACGGACUCGCACAGUUCGGUGCAAAAUCUCCUCUCAAAUCUGCACUAUGUUGUUUGAUAGUUGGAGGGGAGUCGGUCUUCGCGAGCAAUUUUGGCUAAAACGAAGUUGCUCAAAGUGCUGCCUCUCGGUGAAUUUUGUUUUCAAUAGGAAUUAUGAGUCGUUCACUCAAAACGACUCACAUGAUAUCCUGCUUAAUUUAUUUCUUGUUUUAUCUGUGAUGUUAUUUUUUUAUGUGUUAUUAUUUUUAUGGAUUCUGAAUGAUGUAUUUAUUAAUUGAAAGAGGUAAUGAUUUUAUUAUAUUUUGACCCUAAAACCUCAGCUAUUCUGAGAGUUUUUUUCCUUUAUCCGGUGGGUUUCUCUUUUUUAUCUUUAACACAUACGUUUUGUAAAUGUGGAUGUUUUUAGAGUUCAUGUGAUCAUCUGUUGAGUAGCAGUUUACCUACAGAUCUUUAAUUACCUUCUAUUGUCACACAUCUGUUCCCUCCCCAGUUGAAUAGAGCCUGUGUUGAUUCUCAUCUGUUCUGGUUUCCUCUUCUUCCUGUAGCCAGAGGUGUUGGGCUAUGUGCGAAUAGAGACUAGGUUAGGUUAAGAAAUGUCAACUUCCACAUCUACACCUGAGCGUUCUCAACUAGUGCCACUUGUCAUUUAGCAAAAAAAAGUAUUCUGAGCCACUGUGGUCGAUCCAAAGUAGUUGAUGUAUUCAGAAGUCAACGAUUGAGGAACUUCAAUGGGAUGAGUGAGGUUUGUCCUUUUUUAAAAAAAACAAACUACCAGUGCUGAUGUGAGAUGUGUGUUUUGUUCGGGGUGCGCAGUUCUUCACUCUCAGGGAAUGAUGCCAUGGACAUAACCUUCGAUUAACCACCAGCCACAGCAUGGAUGCAGACAGGAUGUUCUCAGCACUCACUCAAGACUUUAAGAAUCACCUCCUGCUUUGGAGAUGCUGAGGUUUGUUUGUUUCUGUUUUUCAUAGCUCAAAAAGGAAUUAUUUCAUGGUUGUGGUUUUUCAAGUUGUAAGGAUAUGCUGUGCUUUAGCAUUUACCAGUCAGUCAUUGUAUCUUUAGGCUACGUUUACAACUCCUGAUAACAUGGAUUUGGUAUUGUCCCUAAUGCUUCCUAACACGUCCUGCUCAGUGUUACACAGAAAAACCCUUAAGUUGACUAUAAGCUGUUUCACCUGUGUAAAUAACACCAAGGCAAAGAAUUGCCAAGUAGCUUUAAGACCACUCUUUGAACAGCGUGAGACUUUGAAAGCUUUGCUCAGGUUGACUUGUGCACAUGAUGCGCAAGUGACUGUGUGAUCAAUCACUCAGCCCUGAUGAGGUGUUUAAAAUAAUCCUAACACAAAGAACCAAGCUACAAAAUUAGUGUUAAUCACAUUGCCAGACUGAUUUCCUCUUUUUUUUCUUACACUACACUUUAACCUUUGAACUCUUGGCAUGUCAAGUCAUUGAAAAACAGGAGCUGGCCUGCAGGCAGGGUUUGUUAUAAGCUGUAGUAUUCAUCGUCCAGGUUCUGUCCCCUUUUGCUUUGAAAUGCAGCUCUCUUGGCAUUUGUGUUGUGUGUUGGUUCUUGCAAUGGUUUUUUCCAGAUUUAGAUGGCUUAUGAUUUGAAAUAUACAAACACUGGCUAACUGUGACACUGUUAAUGCGUUGCAUUUUGUUUCUGCAUUUCAAAAAUUGCGUGUAAAUAAAACUAAUGAAAUAAUA